UCCCCUACCUCAUUCUGCUGGUGCUGGAGGGCAUGCCUCUCCUGCUGCUGGAGUUCGCCAUCGGUCAGCGUCUGAGAAAAGGCAGUGUGGGAGUGUGGAGGUCCAUCAACCCAUAUCUGACUGGAAUAGGUAUAGCCUCCAUGCUGGUGUCCUUUCUGGUCGCACUCUACUACAACACCUUGAUCGCCUGGAUCCUGUGGUAUCUUUUCAACUCCUUCCAAAGCCCUCUGCCUUGGGCACAGUGUCCUCUGAACGACAACGGGACAGGAUUUAUACCAGAGUGUGAACAGAGCUCCACUGUGGAUUAUUUCUUUUACAGAGUGACCCUGAACGCCACAGCCUCUAUAGAAGACUCUGGAGGAAUCCACUGGCCCAUAGUGGUCUGCCUGUUAGCUGCCUGGACGGUUGUCGCCAUCUGCUGUAUAAGAGGAAUUAGCACUGCGGGCAAGGUUAGGAAAUUGUAUUAUCAUUAAUAAUAAUAAUAACA